GAGCCGCGUUCACCCGGCGGUUCGCGUCCGAGCAGGGUCGCGGGCUGGGCCGUGGAGCUUGAGGGGGGGACGAGCUGUGCGCGGCAGAGGACCUGCUCAUGGCGGAGAGUUUUCAGAAGAAAAUGACCGACUCCCCUGACACAAUACUUAGGAAUGGGUUGAACAACAGAUACCGUGUGUUGGAAGUCAGUGUAAUACAGAGAAAUGGAAGUGACCCUGAGAAACACUUGACGAUUACAGCAUCUCAGUCACUGGAAGAUAAAGAGCUGUGCAUUCUUAGGAAUGGCUGGGAGUCUGUUCCGGUUGUUCCAGGAGACAUCAUUCACUUAGAAGGGGAGUGUAGCUCUGGUACCUGGGUCAUAAAUGAACAGUCUGGAUACCUGGUUCUUUACCCAGAUCUGCUGCUUUCUGGUACUACGAUAUCAAAUAGUAUUCGAUGUAUGAGAAGAGCAGUACUGAGUGAAAGGUUUAGGGGCUCAGAUUCUGGUUCGCGCCAAACACUCAUUGGUACAAUUCUUCAUGAAAUUUUCCAGCAAUCUGUAACGAAUAACUUGGCACAAGAAAAAGUAGAAGAACUAGCAAAUAAAAUUGUGUAUGGACAAAAGUAUCUCAAAGAAAUGUAUCACUUAAAUGUGAAACAAACAGAAGUAAUGCAGGAAGUGGAAGAAUAUUUGCCAUCGUUUUUCAAAUGGGUGGAAGACUUCAUGCACAAUCCAGCUAACCAAAAUAAAAUGCAACUAAAACUGUCAAGUGGUGAAAAACCAGAAGAUUUCUCUUCUAAGGUAGAGAUUGUAGAUAUCUUAGACAUUGAAGAGAAUAUCUGGUCUCCCAGGUUUGGGUUGAAGGGAAAGAUUGAUGUUACAGCCAGGGUGAAAAUCCAUCGCCAGUCUGGAGUACAGUCUAGGAUAAUGCCGUUAGAGCUCAAGUCUGGCAAGGAAUCUAAUUCCAUAGAGCACAGAAGUCAGGUUAUUCUGUAUACAUUGUUGAAUUUAGAACGGAGAGUAGAUCCUGAAGCUGGAUUUCUUCUUUAUCUUAAAACUGGUACUAUGUACCCUGUUUCUGGAGCUCGCAUGGACCGAAGAGAAUUAAUGAAGUUAAGAAACCACGUGGCCUUCUACUUAACGCAUAGUACAUAUAAAUCUGCUGUGGGAAGACAGCAUUCACAGCUUGCUGCUUUGCCGCCUGUAAUUGAUGACAGUCAAGCCUGUAAAUAUUGCUCCCAAAUACACAAUUGCUUUCUAUACAGCAGAGCUGUAGAACAAAAGAUGGCCAGUGUGUCUCUUCCUCCUGCUAUGGUACCCAUUAUUGAAAGAGAGACCCAGCACCUGAAACCUUCCCACUUAGAGUAUUUCAGCCUGUGGUACCUAAUGUUAACCUUGGAGCUGCAAAGUGGAGAGGGUAAAAAGGGAUAUAAAGAUAUAUGGAUGAUACCUUCUUCGGAAAGAGAGAAGGCUGGAGAUUGUGUUGGAAACCUGAUCAGAGUUAAUGAAGUGCAGGAAAUUUCCGACGGACAGUAUCUACAUUUUUUCCAACGUAGAAAUGGUGCCAUACCUAGAACAAACCUGUUGGUUGGUGAUCGAGUGGUUGUGAGUGGACAGGAAAAUGGUUUACUUGGUUUGGCUACUGGCUAUGUUAGAGAAGUCAGUGUGACAAAAGUCUCCUGUUUGUUGGGCAGGAAUUUGUCAAAGCUCCCCAGGAACACCAUAUUUAGGUUGGAUCACGAAGAAGGAGAUUUUGGUAUAGGAGUCCCUUUUGAAAACCUUUCGAAAUUGAUGAAAGAUUCCCCAGUCAGUGAAAGACUCCGCAACUUGAUAAUUGACUUCCACAAACCACGUUUUAUUCAGCAUUUGAGCUCUGUCCUUCCUCCAGAAGCAAAGGAAACUGUUGCAAAUAUUUUAAAGGGUCUAAAUAAGCCUCAGAAACAGGCAAUGAAACAAGUGCUACUUUCAAAAGACUACACACUUAUUGUGGGUAUGCCUGGAACAGGAAAAACUACUACGAUAUGCGCUCUAGUGAGAAUUCUUUCUGCCUGUGGCUUCAGUGUUCUUCUGACUAGUUUUACACACACUGCUGUAGACAAUAUCCUGCUAAAGCUAGCCAAAUUCAAAGUUGGUUUCUUGCGCUUGGGGCGAGCUCAGAAGGUUCAUCCAGAUAUACAGAAAUUUACAGAAGAAGAAAUUUGCAGGUCCAAAUCAAUUAAAUCUGUAACAGAAUUGGAAGAAGUCUAUAACAGUCAGCCAGUGGUAGCAACGUCUUGCAUGGGAGUAAAUCACCCCAUCUUUGUUCAGAAGCAGUUUGAUUUCUGUAUAGUUGAUGAAGCUUCCCAAAUAAGCCAGCUCAUCUGCCUGGGCCCCCUGUUCUGCUCCAAAAGGUUUGUGCUGGUAGGGGAUCAUCAGCAGCUGCCUCCACUUGUACUCAAUACAGAAGCAAGAGAUCUUGGCAUGAGUGAAAGCUUAUUUAAAAGGUUGGAACAAAACCAAAAUGCUGUUGUCCAAUUAACUGUGCAAUACAGAAUGAAUAGUAAAAUAAUGUCACUGAGUAACAUGUUAGUGUAUGAAGGCAGACUGGAAUGUGGCUCAGAGAAGGUGUCAAAUGCCACUGUUAACUUGCCCAACCUAAAAAAAUUGAAACUGGAGCUUGCAGAUGCUUCAAAAACAUGGUUGAAAGAAGUACUUGAUCCAGACACACCUGUGUGUUUUCUGAAUACAGAGAAGGUCCCAGCACCAGAACAUGCAGAAAAAGGUGGUGUAAGUAAUGUGACAGAAGCUAAACUAGUACUCUUCCUCACAUCCUUAUUUAUUAAGGCUGGCUGUAAGCCUUCAGACAUUGGCAUUAUAUCACCAUACAGACAUCAAUUAAAAACAAUCACUGAUUUGAUGGCAAAAUUGAAGGAGAACAGAGUGGAAGUCAACACAGUAGACAAAUACCAAGGAAGAGACAAAAGUAUCAUAAUUGUAUCUUUUGUUAGGAACAGUAAUGAUGAAAAUCUUGGCGCCCUCCUGAAGGACUGGCGACGUCUUAAUGUUGCUAUCACAAGAGCCAAACACAAACUAAUCAUGGUGGGCUGUGUUCCAUCCCUGUGCCGCUAUCCUCCUUUAGAGAAGCUACUCUGCUAUUUGCAGUCUGAGGCAAUGAUAUCCUUUUUCUCCACACUGUUUUGUGAGAGGGGAAAGGCAAGAUUGACGACCUGAGAUUUGAGAUAAGGUUGGGAAGAUCUUAAAUUAUUUGUUACACUUGUGACACUGGCAACACAGUACAAAAUGUGCCAAUUAAAUAUGCCAAAAAAAUACUUGAAAUCAAGAUAAUGGAUGGAUGUAGAACAUUCAGUGUCUUCAAAAGUAGAAAUAAAAGUCCAUGGUGAUUUGCAAGUCAACUUUGACAUAAUUUAUUUUAAUUUCGAGGCCUGAAUUUUUAAUGUUUAAUGCUUUUGCAUUUUUUAUCAUCCUAGUUAUUUGGCAUCUUAAUGUCACUGUGAUUGUUUUCCUCAGAAGUACCAUGCAUUUAAACACAUCUGGUGAGAGAAUGGUUCGUGAAUAAUGUUGCUAGAAUGGAAAACGGUGUAACUUUCAGAUGACUUAUUAAUUUUUUCUUUCUCUCUGGCAUUGUACUGAGUUUGCCCUAGCUAUGGCUGUUUCCAUCUCCUAUUUAAAUAGGAAAGACCUUGUUAGCUGCUCUCUUUGCAAACACCAAUACAUAUUCAAACAGGUUUUGUGUUUUUGUGAAAGCAGUAUGUUACCAAAAAGCUUCCUUAACUUGGUACAUCUUCAGUCUUCCAGCAGGGGCUCAUGAAAGUAUCCACAAGUGUAACAUUUUAUGAUUGUGAAGAUGGAAGAGUUUUACAGGCAUUUGUAUAUUUUAUUCUGGUGCUGCUUAAUGUAAAUAACUGGUUAGUGGGGUAUGAGUGCUGAUGUGCAUUGUUUAAUCUGAAUGAAACCAAAACAGAAAUCACAUUCAAUUAUUUUAAAGGUUUCCUUUCAGUAAAAUAACAGCAGGCAUUUCUUUAAUACGCUGGUCAUUUCGGUACCAGCGUACUUGUAACAAACCAGUAAUAUGAAGUAUUCUGUUCCUUCAGAUACUGGAUAGCUACUUCUAUAUUCAUUUUUAUCUUGAUAAACAGUUAUCUGCAUAAGUGAAUGGGGAAGCACUUGAGGAAGAGCAGGGAAUAAACCAAUGCUGCAUUGAGUCAUAGUUCUCUGGGCACAGUUUGGUUUUAAAGACUUUAAAAUGUAGUUUACAUACAGUAAUUCCAUUUAUUAGAAUUCCUAAUUAAGAAGCUGUGGUGUUGUACUGUUUGGAAAAAAAAAAUGAGGAAAAACUUCUUCUUCUUCCUUAAAGCCUCAUGUUCUUCUUUAGCUUCUGGUUUUUUUAAAUACUAAGGUCUUUUGUAUUUAUAUACAUAAUGUGGCUAAUCUCUCAUAUGAGGAUCCCUUGAUGACUUUUCUAAUCUCUUGAUUUUGCGUACACCUGGGAGAAAUGUGAUGUUGAUUCACUUAAUUCCCUUUUAUGAACUAAUGUAUUUAGCAGAUAAAUCUGAAGUGAAAUGCUGCCCAGUCGAAGAUCAUAGUAAAACUCUAGUUUCAGUUUAUCUGAUCUGUAGUCUUUUCUUAAAAAAAAAAAAAAAAAAAAAAAUCCCAAGAAACAAAACUAGAGAUGCAGCUUGAUGAUUAAGAAGUUUACAUGCUCAGGUUCUAUUUUUAGUAAAGAUGGUAGUAUAUGUACGAUACAAAAUAUCCCUUACUUGACAGAUCUGUUGUUGUUUCUUUAUACUACCUCGUACUCUAAACUAUUACUGAGAAGCUUCUUUCCAAGAUUGCUGGUGGAAACAUCAAUUUUUUUCAUUCUUCAAAAUCAUUAGUAUUUGUUUUCUCUUGGAUCAAUGUCAAGUAGUUGUGUGCAUAUAGUUGCAGGCAAACUUCUAGAUAUCUAACGUGGGCAUUUUCACUCUUUUUUUAAACUGCUCUCUAACUUUUGUAAUGUUUGAAAUUAAUAAAAAUUUGAUGUUGGUUUUGU